AUGGACCGUCAGGAAUCUGUUAGUAUUUUGGACAUAAUUCUCUCAUACGAAUUUAUUUUGGGGCGAUUCAAGUGCCCACGCGAUCGCGACUCGGAGCUAUACGAUUCAAAGCCAAUAUUAUUCAAUGACACUAUCCGAGCCAACAUAGCCUAUGCAAAGCAAGGAAAUGCAACUGAAAAAGAGAUCAUUGAAGUUGCGACAUCAGCAAAUGCGCAAAACUUCAUCUCGGGACUACCACAAGGCUAUAACCACUUGAUGGGAGAAAGAGGGGUGCAGUUGUCAGGCGGACAAAAGCAAAGAAUAGCCAUUGCAAGAGCCAUAAUCAAGAAUCCUAAAAUUCUGCUUCUUGAUGAAGCCACAAGUGCACUUGAUGCUGAGUCUGAACGAAUCGUGCAAGAUGCUUUGGACGUUGUGAUGAUUGAUCGAACAAAGGUGAUCAUUGCUCAUCGUUUAGCCACCAUUAAGCGUGCUGAUACCAUAGCCUUACUGAAAAAUGGGGUGAUUGCUGAAAAGGGAACACAUGAUCAGCUCAUGGGAAUAACUCAUGGACUUUAUGCUUCAUUUGUUGCUAGUAUGCUGCUUCCACCUUAUAGAGCUAGGAUUUACUUUUCCAUAUUAUCAUAAUAUAAAUUCUUGCUAAUUUUUUGAAUAACUCUUACUAAGCAUGAUUGUAUAUGAAAUCUCAAAAGAUAAGGCAACAUGAUGAUUGUGAGUUGUGACCAAAUGUGUACAACUGGGUGUUCGGGUGUGUUUCGGGU